CUUCAGCAGAGCUGUGAAUACAAACCAAUGCAGUACUCAGAUACCAUUGGUAUUCCAAAGACGGACUCGUCCAGAUGGAGAUUAAGAACCACUAAACUAGGUGCACAGAAAUGGGAAUACCUGCAAUCCGAGGAAGAGUCGAAGCAUGACCCCCAAGAUAACCUGACUAAAUAUCUGUUAGAUGACCCUGCGUUUGUUCCUCCUCAAAUCACUCCAAACCCAAGAACAGUUUUUGAAACAACAAAAAAUGCAGCAUUGUUUUUCCAGGGCGUCCAAGACAAAAGUUCAGGUACUUGGCCCGUUCUGUACAAGGGUCCAAUGUUCAUGGCCAUCGGUUAUGUUGCCUGCGCCUACUUCACAAAAAUGCCUAUUCCAGAUCAUGAAAAGAAGGAAAUCAUCAGAUAUCUUGUCAAUACCGCCCACCCAGUCGAUGGAGGUUGGGGAUUGCACGAGAUCGAUAAAUCUACCUGUUUCGGUACAACCAUCAACUAUGUCAUUCUUCGGAUCCUAGGUUUACCAAAGGAACAUCCCGUUUGCGUAAAAGCCCGCAACACAUUGCAUAAACUCGGUGGCGCCAUAGGGAACCCGCAUUGGGGUAAAGCAUGGUUGGCUGUAUUGAACUUGUACAAGUGGGAAGGAGUCAACCCUGCUCCAACUGAGUUAUUUGCUUUACCCUAUUGGACACCCAUCCAUCCGAUGAAAUGGUGGGUUCAUACAAGAGCAAUAUAUAUUCCACUUGGAUAUUUAUCAUCCGCAAAAAUACAAUGUGAAUUGGACCCUCUUUUGGAAGAAAUCAGAAGUGAAUUGUUCACUCAACCGUUCGAUAAAAUCAAAUUUGCGGAUAACAGAAACAAAGUGUGUGGCGUAGACUUAUACUACCCUCACACCGCACUUCUCAACAUAUUGAACAAUUGCAUGGUGGCAUAUGAAAAAUACCUAAGACCAAAAUGGUUGUUAGAUUAUUCCAAUAAAAAAGCAUACGACUUGAUUAUCAAAGAACUUGAGAAUACAGAGCAUUUAGGGAUUGCACCUGUCAGUGCAGCAUUUGAGACAAUUGUUCUAUACAUUGUUCAAGGCGCAAAAGGUGCUGAUUACUUGAGAAGCUUUAACAGAAUGAAAGAAACCUUGUUUUUGGGUAAGCAAGGAAUGACAGUCAUGGGCACAAAUGGUUCCCAAGUUUGGGACUGUGCAUUCUUUAUUCAGUACUACUUUGUUGCUGGUUUAGCAGACCUCCCCGAGUACCAUGAUGCGAUAGUGCGAUCCUUUGAGUUUUUGAUAAGAUCGCAAUUUGAUACUGAUUGUGCUAAGGGGUCAUUCAGAGAUAAAAGACUUGGAGCUUGGCCAUUUUCAACCAAAGAACAGGGCUACACUGUUUCCGAUUGCACUGCCGAGGCAAUAAAGGCUAUUUUGAUGGUGAUGAACUCGAAAAGUUUCAAAGAUGUGUAUAACCUUUACGACCUUUCGAAAUUGAAUGAUGCAAUUGAUGUUCUGCUGGGCUUACAGAACGUUGGAAAUUUUGAGUUUGGAUCAUUUUCCACCUAUGAAAAAAUCAAGGCUACACCAAUGCUAGAACUGAUAAAUCCUGCAGAAGUUUUUGGUAACAUUAUGGUUGAAUACCCAUAUGUGGAGUGUACUGACUCUUCCGUAUUAGGUCUUGCAUAUUUUCACAAGAAUUCAAACUACAGAUCUCAAGAGAUCAAAACAGCCAUCAAAAGAGCUACCGACUACAUCAUUCAUUGCCAGAGACCUGAUGGUUCUUGGUAUGGUUGUUGGGGUAUUUGUUUCACGUAUGCUGGGAUGUUUGCUCUUGAAGCAUUGGCCGAAAUUGAUCUGAACUACUCCAACAGUGACACUGUAAGGAAAGGAUGCGACUUUUUGGUUUCACGUCAGUUACCUGAUGGUGGUUGGGGUGAGUCAAUGAAAAGUUGCGAGACUCACACCUAUGUAUCAACACAAGAAUCAUUGAUUGUACAAACAGCAUGGGCUCUCAUAGGACUACUUCUGGCUGAUUAUCCAGAUAAGCCAGUUCUGAGAAGGGCUGUUGAUCUUCUUGUUGAGCGCCAACAGAGAACAGGCGAAUGGGAAUUUGAAUAUGUCGAAGGAGUUUUCAACCAUUCUUGUGCCAUUGAGUAUCCGAACUACAAGUUUCUCUUCCCCAUCAAAGCUUUGGGUCUGUUUGUUCAGAAAUAUGGUGACGAGAGUAUUUAAUCCUUACGCUGAAGCAUGUGAUAAUGAUGAUGGCAUGACUUGUAAAUUAUAUAGAAAAUAAGUGUACAUAAAAACGAAUAAAAAUGAUCAGAACUUUUACUUGGCUAUCUUGCUAACCCUUCUAAAUUUUUGUGUAUUUCCUAUCAAGUUUUCGACAUAAGAAGAGAAUAAUUCAUUGUCUUCCCUUAUAUCGCCCAUUCUUUCGUCCCAGACAGAAAGCAAAUUCAAAAGGUUCUUUUUGACAGCAACCAG